CUGGAUUGGUGGAUGGGCCACUUUCUGUUCCGCAGAGGUCUAAUUCUGGAACUCAGUAGUCAGUACCUGUAAGUUGGUACCUUGAUCGUCCCGCCGGUCCCUGACCAGUUGGCCUUCUUGCAUCCUGAUUUCUGUGGCGUAGCAACGGCUGAAUUGAGUUCUGGGCAGAGCCCUUAUCACAGCCCAUGGUCUGCCGUUAGGCUUUGGCGCCAUAAAAUCUCAAUGGCUCAAUUGAUCUCCUCUUCCCACACUUUCCUGAGCAUAAGAUAGAGUAGUCAACUUCGUUCGAGCCAUGCAUCGUUGAUAUUGUUGCCUGUUGACACUCUUUACCGCUCUCUAGAGCACAUGUUUGAUUAAAGGCUCGUGGGCUGGUCGAUCACUGGGAAAGAAUGACAGGACGCCGCCUCCUUUCCACGCAAACUACCAAGAAGGGCCAGCUCACGUCUUCUGUUCAUUCUCUGCAGCCAGAGGAUGAGGCACCAUCGAAGCCCUGGUCGGCUUUGUUCACGCCGAGGCCCUUAACGCGAAAGAAAAUCAUCAUCCUUGGAAUAACAGGAUUCCUGAUAAUAGCGAUCAUCGUCGUGGUGAUAACUGUUCCCAUCGUCCUCCUGCGUCACCGAGAGCCUUCUGACCACCCGAGCUAUCAUGAUGAGUCGAACCGACCGAUCUACGCCGUAUACAAUUUUCCCGAUCCUGGGAUUAUCCGUGUCAAUGGCACGUGGUAUUCCUAUGCAACCAAUGCGGCCAUAAACAAUUCCGAGGUUGCGCACAUUCCGGUGGCUACGUCUCAGGACCUGAAGAAUUGGACGCGGUUAGAUGGUUACGAUGCCGUGCCUACAUUGGCAGCUUGGGAAAAGGGCGUGAAUCACUGGGCUCCAGAUGUUAUUCAACGAAAUGACGGUAAAUUCGUGCUGUAUUACUCUGGGGAAUUGAAGAACUGGAAGCGCCAUCACUGCAUUGGUGCCGCAGUCUCAGAGAAGGAAGACCCUCUAGGACCUUACCAGCCCAUGUCGGAACCUCUUGCUUGCCCCCGGGAACAUGGCGGUGCCAUUGACCCGUCGCCGUUUCGAGACACAGACGGAAAACUGUAUGUCACGUACAAAAGCGACGGGAAUAGCGUCGGCUACGGCGGCGACUGUAACAAUGGCAAGAAACCCAUUGUCAAAGUCCCCAUCAUGCUUCAGGAGCUCCAAGACGACGGUAUCACCCCAGUUGGGGACCCCAUCGAGAUUCUCAAGAACGAAGAGGAAGAUGGGCCUCUGGUCGAGGCGCCCAACAUCAUCCGGACCGACCAGGGCUAUUACUACCUUUUCUUCUCUUCCCAUUGCUUCACUUCUCCGAAGUACGAUGUCAAAUACGCCUACUCGAUGUCUUUGAAGGGACCGUAUAAGAGGGCCCCUCGCGCCUUACUCAAAACGGGAGACUUUAACCUGACGUCUCCGGGAGGGGCUACCGUAGCUCCUGACGGGACAUUUAUGAUAUUCCAUGCCAAUUGUGCACCAAAGAGAUGCAUGUAUGUAACGGGGAUAGAUAUAGGUGCAGACAACUUGAUCACACUUAGUGGACUCAGGUGAUGCUAUGCUGGCCAUAGCAUCGAAUUAGAUACUGGAGA